UAUCAACACGCUUGGCUGCGAGGAGAUGGCUAGUGCAGUAUCGUGGCUAACGUACUCAAUUCUUUUACGUCUAGCGCUAGUGGACAGCGAUUACACAACAGCGAUUACACAACAGUGAUUGCAUAUGAGCCUCUUUUUUUUAGGCUUUGGUACUAUUGGAUGUUCAUAUAUCCUCGGUCCGUACCUUUACCUUUCCAACCAUUCAUUCGGACUACAGAGGACUAGCCUUGAGAUACUGAAAACUACUGGUUCCUCCACCACCUCGUCAUUUUGAUCAUAUAUUGCGAUCCAGCAACGGCUAUUGACAGCCACCAGGGCCAGUACGCCGAGAUCGAGAGCACGCUGUUCCUUGGCGGCUCAGCACUGGACAUGUCGAGCAAGAGUUACGACUUCAUCGUCGUAGGGUCGGGUCCGGCGGGCGCCUGCGUGGCGUCGCGUCUCGCGUCUCACAAGUCCCACCCCGCUGUUCUCCUAAUCGAAGCCGGCAUAGCCAGAGACGUCUCCAAUGCCAAUAUACUAGCCGAACGGUGGUCAGCUGCGUCGCAGUUUCCCAAUAGUGUGGAGAAGCACACCACCGAAGCUCAGACGUGGCUGGACAAUCGGUCUAUCGACUACAGCCGCGGCAAGGUCUUGGGGGGAAGCAGUGCCAUUAACAUGUGUGCGUACACCGUGGGGCCGAAGGACGACUAUGAUCGCUGGGCGAGGAUCAUGGAUGAUGCUAGUUUUGGCUGGGAGAAUGCGGUCCGGAUCCGCAAAGAGAAGAUAGAGACAUAUCAUGGAGAGCGCGAGGAAGAGUUCAGGGGCUACACACCGCUGGAUACGAGCAUGUAUGGCACGCAGGGGGUGCUUUCUGUAUCGCUCCCGCGCGUUUGGGAGACCUCGAUGGUCGCACAGUUAGAUGCUGCAGAAGCGUCCGGGCUGGGCUUCAGUCGCGACAUCAACAGUGGCAAUCCACUGGGGAUGGCGAGCGUGCCUUCAACAGCAAAGAACGGGCUGAGAGUCACGGCUGCGAAGGCAUACCUGGAAGACGCACCUGAGAACUUGGUGAUUCUGACGGAGACACAGGUUGUCAAGAUUCUAAUGGAAGGGAAAAGAGCCGUCGGGGUUCAGGUCGCGGGUGGCGAGGAACACCACGCAUCGAAGGAAGUCAUUCUCUCAGCAGGUGCAGUCGAGACCCCCAAGCUCCUCAUGCUGUCCGGCAUCGGCGACGCAACAGAGCUCGCAGAACACGGCAUCGAGUCAUCACACCAUCUCCCCGGGGUAGGGAAAUGUCUCCAGGACCACCUGUGCGCUGCCUUCUGCUGGAAGCAGAAAACAGCCAGCCUCACCUGGGCGCAGCAUUUCUCAGACCCGGACACUGUCAAACAAGCACACGCCGAGUUCCGCGAGCACGGCACAGGCCCGCUGAGUGUGUUCUUCCAGGGCCUCACAAUGGGCUUCUUCAAGGCCGACGAAGUGCUGCACACACCAGAAUUCUCAAGCCUCGACGCCGCCGUGAAAGAACACCUGCGGAAACCCACCGUGCCGAUCUGGGAGCUGAGCAGCCACAUCCCGCCCUGCACACCCGCCGCCCUCGCCGCCCCGCAGCACGAAUACCUAACCUGCUUCGUCUUCCUGCACAACCCGCAGUCGCGCGGCCAGGUCACCCUGCGAUCUGCAUCCCCCACGACCCCGCCGCGCAUCGACCCGCGCUUCUUCUCUCACCCGUUCGACCGUGUGUGUGCAGUCGCAGCCACGAAGCGGGCACUGGCGUUCGUCAGACAUGCGUCCAUGGCGGCCGGUAUUGACGUUGCAGUUGACGCGCCUGCGAGCGAGCGGGACGAGGAUGUGCUGGCGUACUGGCGGGCGCGGGCGGCUAGCACGUGGCAUCCGGCGUGUACGGUGAGGAUGGGGGGUGAUGAGGAUGAGGGGGCUUGUGUAGGCCGCGACUUCCGGGUCAGAGGCUUGCAGGGUCUGCGGGUGGUGGAUCUGAGUGUGCUGCCGUUUCUUCUGAAUUGCCAUCCGGUGAGUGUGGCCUACCUUGUGGGGGAAAUUGCGGCAGAGAAGAUUAUAGCAGAAUAUUAUACUUAGAUAGAAUGUUAUAUAAUAUAGCUAUACCGGUGCUUGUCGAUAUACCUUAUGCUGACUACCCCCUACCUUGGUACAGUAUACUGUCACAGUCACGAGUCAGGUACCCACACACCC